AUGAUCUCAUCCACGAAGCCGCUGCCCUCAUCACUGCGCUCGCAUCUCGCUCGCCCGAAGCCAUUGCCUCCAGCACGCCGCUGCCUGACCGUCGACGCGACGCCCUCCGACGCCCCCUACAUUGUCCCUCCACACCUGACCGCCGCCCAGCGCCUCCAAAACAGAAUUACACACGAGUCAAAGCUCAAUCAGCUCCGGAAUGCCUUCCUCCCGCCAGGAAAACAAUACCUGUCGGCCGUCGGAGUCAAAGUCCCCGACGAUGCCCUCGCACCACAUCCCGAAGACCGCCUCACGUCGAGCGUGCGCCGCCUCGUCGAGAAGCAGCUGGAGCAGUGCAGCUACCGCACCGACUACCUGAACCUCGUGUCGGCGCUGCUCAUGGCGCAGAAGGACCUGGGCUACGGCGCGAAGCACGGCGCUGUCCGGCUCAUCUGCGCAAACCUGCUGUACCAGGUCUUCGACCAGCCCGCCGCCGAGGCCGCCGGCGCCAGCAUGCUCGCGCUGGUCCACCAGAUCCGCUUCAAGCUGGAAGACCAGAACAUCUCGCUGCCCGACACGCUCAUCGGCCUGGGCCUGCUAUGCGCCGCCAACAACCGCAACUACCCCGCGCUGAAGCUCUACCUGCGUGCGCACCGCCAACACUUCCCCACCUCCCCCAUCGACCCCAAAAUCUUCGCCCGCCUCAUCGACAUAGUCUCCUAUGCCGACUGCACCGCCAAACCACGCUCUUCAUCUUGGCUCGCUCCGUGGCGCCACAAACACGUCAAAGCCGUCCUCCUCGGCUUCGACGACCUCACCCCCGCCGAGCGCGCCUCCACCCCGCCCUUCCACCUCGGCGCGCUGCUCCCGCGCGACAGCUGGGGCUGCGUCUCGCGCUGGCUACGCGCGCUAGCGCGACACGACGCUCUACCACAACUGCGCCGCGAAUGGGAUCUUUGGCUCGCCGACCCGCUCCGCACCCACCCCCAGUUCUGCCACUGCCCGCAGCAGCCGCCGCCCGGCUCGCCACACGCCACGAAGCUCACCGACCUCCGCGUCCCCAUGUGGCGCCUGAACGCCGUCCGCCGCUGGAACACGCGCACGCGCGGCGACCUCGCGCUGCUCGACGCGUUUUGCCGCGUCGGCGGCCGCGCUGGAAUCGAGGAUGCGUGGCGCGUGUUCGGGGCGUCCGAGGAGAUCGAGUUCGGCAUGCUCAACCGCGGUAUGCGCACGGCGAUGCUGGCGAAGCCGGAGAGCAUUCCACCGGGCAAGUGGACGGAGGAGAUGAGGGAGGCGGUGGUGCAGAAGUAUAAGGAGGAUUUGAGGAGUAUUGAGGGCGUGUUGGGGGUUAAUUGGGUCUGGGACCCGAGGACUGGCAGGGGCUACCAUCGCAUUCCGAAGGGGUCGCUGUUGGCGGAUCUUAAGGACUUUACGGAUGAUCUGAUGGAUUAUGCGGUGGUGGAGUUUGAUGAGGCUGGUGUGGAUGAUGCCCAGCUCGGAGUGGAUGGUGGUGAACCUGGUGUGAAUGAUCCUGGCUCUGAAGAUCGGACGUCCUGA